GCACAGGUCUCAAGCCAAUACUUUCUCGACUCUGUUACUAGUUCCUCUUACUUUUUCACUUUCUUCAAUCAGUUUAUUGAGAGGUUCGUAUCGGGCCGAUGUUGGUAUCGUGGUGUUUAUCACGUUUCCUCGUUUUAUCCUUUCUUUCCUUGGCGCUACUGUCGAAAGGUACCGCUGCGACGGAGACGUGUUCGUCAAGGCCGGACACUGCAACAGGGAACUGCAUGGAAUCAUCUGGAGAUCACUGGAGAGAGGCCUCCUCCGUGUAUGAUUUCACCGUCAGAGAUAUCAAAGACCAAGACGUGUCGCUCAGCAAAUACAGAGGUCAUGUCAUUCUAAUUGUCAAUCUCGCCUCACAGUGUGGAUUCACCGACAGCAACUACAAGCAGCUCGUGGAGCUGCACGAAAAGUAUUCUUCGAACAAACCUCCGCUCAGCAUUCUCGGUUUUCCCUGCAACCAAUUCGGCGCUCAGGAACCGGCUACUAAUGAGGAUAUCGAGAAGUUCGCGAAAUCGCACUACAACGUCAAGUUCGAUUUGUUUGCAAAGAUCAACAUCAACGGAGAUGAAGCGCACCCUUUGUGGAAAUAUCUGAAAAGCAAGCAAGCUGGAACUUUCACGGACGAGAUUAAGUGGAACUUCACAAAGUUUUUGAUAAAUCGCGAGGGUAUCCCUGUGGGGAGAUACGCAACAACAACUGAGCCCAAAAGUAUCGAAAAGGAUAUUCAAGCGUUGCUAGGUGGUGCAUCACGGCUGUAGGAUUUCAUACUUUGAUUCUUUUCUUGGCCAUUUAUCACUUUCUUUUUCAGCUUCUCUGGAAAUACAGUUUCGAUGUGGGAUAUCGCUCUUGAAUUGCGGCGGAGUAGUGGGAAGCACUUAUUUGCGAUUUAUCAGUGCCAAACUUACAAACGUAUACAUUGCUUCGCUUAAGAGUCACCAAAAAAAGCUUUGAAGCUUAUUUAGGGACUCUAGCCGCUCUAGCUUCAUCCAGUGACGUAGCCAGAAAAAUAUUUCGGGAGGAAUUCUCAAUGGGGACUCUAGAUGGGGGAGAAGGAUUCCCCCCUCGUUUCCCUGUGCACUGCGAAAGGUACGACUUCGAGGGCGGACCUUUUGCCCCCCCACGGCAACACCGCAACACCACUGACUUCACCUGUCAGUGGUUCGAUAGAUUUCCAAUGGUUCUAUUGCGCUAGUUACGUUGUGCUUUGGUUGGUCGACCAAGCGAUACUUCUGGAGUUGUAUUCCUGAUGUGUCUUUUUGCAAGUGAGUGUAUACGUAUGAGAAUUUACUCUGAUUUCCACACUACCGGCACUCGUGUCUUCCCAGUCUUCGGACGAAGCUGAAGGAGUGACCCAUUCACGGCAGCAGAAUUGCACAGAGCAGACAGAAGACAGUAUAGAGCUCAAACAGGACAGAAUUGCAUGUAAGCAAAUAAACAUCUUUGCUUUUCGUCAA